AGGUACAGUCAAACCAAAAGUCUCCGUUCAGUCGAGAUCACGCCAAGGUCAGAUCAGUAUCCUAUCUUUUACAACAGACUGUACCCGCUUCAGAGCUCAAUACAGUCAAAACCAGUCUACUUUCUGAGCAUCGCAAAUUUCAGUUUUCACGUUCAAUUUUACUUAAUUUUUCACAAUGUUAGACGACGAACUUUUGAUUGAAUUAGUGAGAGGCCAGCCGGCUCUAUACGAUUUCACACAUACACACUACAGCGACGCUACGUUCAAAAUACAGAAAUGGCAAGAGCUGGGACAGAUUUUGAAACAAGAUGCGGACAAAGUGAAAACAAGAUGGGAGUCUUUGAGGAACCAAUUUCGGCGAUUCAUAAGACUGAAAAAGAAAAAAUCAGCUGGUCGCUACGCCGGUCCCCUAGCUAACUGGAAACACUAUGAAGGUAUGCAAUUUCUGAAGCCGCAUAUGCGCGAGAAAAAACGUGCAUCAGAUGAGACAGCAGACGAUCAUCACGUAUAUUGGCCCACUGGAGAUGAUACAGCUGACGACACCACUCAACGAUCUCAAGAACUGGAGGUGGAAAUAUCACCCUCGCCAAUUGUGGGCUCCAACUCACACCACCUACGAUCCUAUUUGACAAAACCCAAAUCACCAGAAACUCCCGCCGACGACGGUAAUACAGCUAGCAUCCUACUCAAAUACAUUCUGGACAAGGAGCGAACUCGUAAAGAGCGACAGGCACCCGACGAUAUUGACUUGUUUUUUGACAGCAUCAAAGCGACUGUGAAAAAGUUGAGUGAUAAAAACAAGAUACUGGCCAAACAGCGAGUGUUCACAAUUGUUAAUGAGUUGGAGGGUAUCAAUUUGAACGAGAUGCAGCAUUUGAGUGCCGCUGGGGCGCAGGCGCAGUACUGUCAACAGACAUUGCAGUAUCCUUCACAUUCACAUCAUUCGUCUACAAGCUAAGGUACGUUGUCACUGGUGCGACUGGAACUGAACAAAAAGUUGUUGGACGAUAAUCAUAGAGCGCCUGUUGUGCAUUGUCUUCAUUGGCGCUCUUUUCACUGAUUCAGAGUUUUUUACUACAAUCGUACGGGUCUGCUUCUGGAGCAGCCAUAAUCACAAUCGUUGGACGAUUUUUUAUUGUGAUUCAUCACAUCUCCUGUGAGCUGUGAUUGAAAUGUAAUUUGAAGACUUCUACUUGUGGUAUCAUUGAUUAAGGCUGUGCAAAGGCUAAAAUAAACUUUCUACUGGUGAUAUUUUUCAAAGUUUUUUGAUUUGUAUAUCAUUAAGCUAUAAAAAUGGGAAAUUUUUCUCAGGAAAACAUUUUUUUCUAUCAUUACUUAAGAUAAGAUAAGAUAAGAUUCUUUAUUCCGCAUACAAUUUACAACAACAGAACAGCGCACAAAACUAAAAAAAAGAUAGCAAAUAAGAAUAAUAAAACAAUACUUAAGACAACUUUUUAACCGAAUAAGUAUGAAAUUUGCUGAUAAUACUAAUUGUAUUAACUCUCAUUAUAGGAGACUUUCAAGAUAUGAGCGCCCAAAGUUUAAAUUUUUGGGACAGAACUAACAUUUCAAAUUCGGUAAAAGAUAAAUCAAUAAGAUUUAAAUUCCUCAGUAUUGUUGAUUGAAUAAAAC